UCUAUGAAUAAAACGCCGAAAAUCGACCGACCGAAGCGGCGUUCGCGGCAUCUUUCAUCACGUUUUAUUGAAUUAAAUUGACUAUUGUAGUGCAAUUUGUGUAUGUGCUGUGAACCAGAAUAUAUGAUCAAUUAAAUUAAAAAUGAGUACGUUGGAUAUAAAUAAAGUUGAAAAUGAGGAGGAAAAUAAAACACCGGAUAAGAAGCAAAUUGAAGCCGAGGAGAAAGAGGUGAUGUUAAAAGCUGAAGUGGAGACUAUGGAGACGCCAGCAGAACUCAAGGCUGACUCCGAGGGGCCCGUGAAAGCUGCUCUGUCGGGAGAUGUGACGGAACAGGGCCGUGAAGUCAAACCUAAAUUUAUACCCAUUGGGGCCAUCAAGAUGCCUGGGUUUUUUACUAAAAACUCUGACAAAGAAAAAGCCAAGGAUGAUGAAGGAGCGAAUGAGAAAGACGGUGAUAAUGACAAGGAUGAAAGUAAGCCGAAGCGCCAUCGUCUUCAGUUCCUGCACACCUGCCCGUUCACACAGUUCAUGCAUCACCCACAACAUGAGAACGGUGAGGAUGCCAAUGAGAGAAAAAGGGGUCUUAUCUUCGACCUGAAGUAUCCUAAGAUUUUCCAAAGACGUUCAGCCAAAGAUGGAGAAGCCACUCUAGCUUCCAUGGAGACACUUGAAGAUAAGCUUGACACCCCCAACGAUGGCAUGGAGAAUGUUAAAUUAGAUGCUGGUGAUGCGGAAGAUGGUAAAGUUGCCACAAAACUGCCGUUGAAAGAGAGGAUUCGACAAAAGAAAUUUAUUAUAGAUGACAUAGUGGUGUGCUGCAUAGUGUUGCUGGUGUUGGUGGCGGUGAUCAUCGGGAUAGUGGUGGGCGCACGAGCAGGCCCGCCGGCUGAGCGGCCGCUGCGGCUCGGCCGGUACAUGACCACUAUCACCAACUGCGGGCCCGUGGAGGGAAUUCGCGAUGAAGACGUCUACAAAUUCUACAGUAUUCCAUAUGCAGUACCCCCAGUGGGCGAGAAAAGAUUCACCUACGCGCAACCACUCACGAACAUAUCAAUGUGCUGGAAUGAAACCCUGGAAGCUCAUAAUCGUGGCCCGCUAUGUCUACAAUUCCUUGAAAACAGCACCAUCACGGGCGAAGAGGACUGUUUAACUCUAGAUGUGGUCACUCCUCAUGUAAGGUACGACUCGCCGCUACCCGUGGUAGUACUGAUCGGCGCCAACACGUUGGCGGGUGGCAUAAGCCCGGCACAGCCAUCUGCAAUGUACGCACGGACAAAAGAAGUCGUCUUUGUGCGCCCCAAUUUCAGAUUAGGUCUUUUCGGUUUCCUAGCUCUUGAUAUUUUGGCAAACACGAAGUACCCAGCAACAUCUGGAAACUAUGCGCUUAGCGAUCUCAUAGUGGCUCUGCAAUGGGUGAAGCAUAAUAUACAACAUUUCGGUGGCGAUCCGCAGUCUGUCACAUUACUCGGUCACAGAGCGGGCGCCACGUUAACAGCCGCUCUCACCACUGUGAAGAAAGCCCAAAAGCUUUAUUCGCGUGCCUGGCUUUCCUCACCGAGUGUCGUAUUGCCUUCCCAACCGUUUGACGGUUCCUAUAGAUAUUUCGAGCAAUUUAAACAGGCUAGUAAGUGUAACGACGCCGAUUGUCUUCGUCGUAUGUCGUCAACGGAAAUUCUUUCGUACAUGCCCGACCUCUGGAUGACGACCAACAUCGGCAGCUUGCCGCUCACCGGCGAGUACAGACACUCGUGGCUCGUGAUGGACGGCGACCUGCUCAGGGAGCCCGCCAAUGAAAGUUGGAUCGCACAGAGGAAAGCCAAGGAAGAAGGCAAAGAAAAACUUUUCAAACCCAUGGUUUUGGGAACCACUCAACAUUCCGGCCACUCUGAUCUUUUGUACAAGAAGCCCCCUCAAAUGAAGUGGACUCCCGAAAUAGUAGAAAAAGAUAUAAACGCAAGUGUCAUCGGAGAUCAUCAAUUGAUCCCCGAAAUCUUCGCUCACGUCAAUAAAACUUACGAAGGCUUGGUGGAGUUGAUCAGUUCAGUGCGUACCCUGUGCCCUCUCCUGAACCUGACGCAGUCGAUCCUGAAGGCGCCGAUGUACGUGGUGCUGGGCGCGGGCGCGGGCGCGGGCGGCGCCGGCUCGGGCGUGGCGGGCGUGGGCGCCGACGUGGAGGCGCUGCUCGGCACCUUCGACUCGGAGGGCGCGGAGCAGCGCCGCUUCAUGGCCGCCAUGCAGCAGCUGUUCUACUACUACGUGUGGCACGGCAACCUGCCCGGCCCCGAGACCAACUUGAUCGCCGUGGGGCAGGACCUACUCCCCCUUCCGGACCUACCCCUAUGCCGCCUCCUUGUCGAGAAAGGUAUCGUGCCACAGUAUGCACACACUGACUAAAGUUUUGUAUGAUUGUUUAAUGUAUGUUAGGCUAAAGAGAAUUUGUCAAAGUAAUGCUAAGAUUAAUCAAGUCCCAAAGCCAUUGUUGUAUAACGCCUGUAUUUGAUACAUAUAUUUUUAUUGUAAUUACUUUUUGUGCACGUGUUUGUAUUAGUAUUAUGUGCCACUUGAGUUUCAUAGUUGUAGUUUACCUCGCCGAGUAAUGAUUUAUCAACCGACAGCUUCCCAUCAACUUUGAAUAAAAGCAAUUUAGUGUAGUACAAACAUAAAUCAUAAAUUAACCUCCAUAACCAGCUUUUUUUUAUAAUUAAUCUUGUGAUGAUAUUGACUGAUUUUGUAAUAGUGCAUAGAAACAACAAAAAUACUCUUUUAAGACUGAUAAAACGAUUGUAUCUCAAAUCAACGACCUAGUGAUCUCAUGCAGCUCUUUAUAAAUAUUUAUUUUUUUAAUUAGAAUUUAAUAUGAUUUUGUAAUGAGUUACCCAUGAAAUGCUUAUGUAGUUGUAAAUUAGAGCGAUAAUAUAGUUAAGUACCAAGUUUCAUCUAUAUUUGAUAUCAAUUUGAAGAAUUAGCUCAAGAUUGCAUGAUUAUUGCCCAUUUAAAUUGUAAGAACUAAUCUGUCGAUGUGAUUAGGUAAAUAAAUGUUUAGUUGUAAGUGUUAAGUGUCCAUAUCUCAAUUGUGAUUUAGUUCAAAGUCUGAUUAUUCCAAAGAGUGUUUUUUUGUAAUUUUGUAGCUAUUUAAAUUAGGCUAAUGGUCCCGAAUUGCGAAGCGCGGUUGCUGCGGACGAAUGUUUUUUAAUGUCUUGCCAAAUGCUUGUUUUCGUAACUACUGCACUAGUAAGGUAGCGUUGCAUCAUUUUAUAAAUUGGUCAUAAUAAAUGUAAGACUG